AUGAAGGCGGUGGAGCGGGCGAAGCUGGUGCGGAGCCUGCGGCAGGAGUCGCGGCGGCUGCGCCUGCUCGUGCUCGUCAUCGGCUUCUUCCUCGUCACCCUCACCUUCGUCGUCCUCUCCAAGCCCGACGCCCUGCUCUUCAACCUGAACGGCCGGCUGUCGGUGGACGAGGCGCCGCGCUCGCUCCUGAUCCGCCAGGCCACCGACGCCGACGCCACCGCCGACCCCGCCCAGAGAUCCGCCGCCGCCCAGGACCCCAAGCCGCUGGACGACUUCGAAGACGCCGAGGCCAACGCCAACACCAAAGCGACAGCGACCACCAAAGACUCGGAGGAGAGGGCGCACACCGUCCGCGAUCCUCAGCAGAGCGGCAAAAAGGAGCCUGAAUCCCGGCUGUUAGGCAGUGGUGGAGGUGAAGGGGAGAAGAAAGGGCAUCGCAAGGUGACCCUCCCAACCGUCUCUAACUAUACCAUCCGUGACGCCGAGGACGGCGACAAUGCCAAGCAGCAAGAUAGCAGACCGGAAACAGAAAAUAAGCUUGAAAUGGUCGCCGGCAAAAGCGAUGGAUCUCAGCAACAAGAUUGGGAUGAUGCGGAAUGGGGGAGCAAACCACUUUGUGAUUUCUCAAACUUCAGAGCUAAUGUCUGCGAGAUGCGGGGCAACAUCAGGAUUCACCCGAAUGCGAGUUCGGUGAUGUACAUGGAACCUGCCAGCUCAAAGAGAAACGAGCUAUGGAAACUUAAGCCCUACCCUCGUAAAGGUGAUGAGCUCUGCCUCAGCAAAGUUACAGAGCUGACGGUGAAAUCAAGCAAAGUGGCACCUGAGUGUACCAAGUACCACAAUGUGCCCGUCGUGGUCUUUGCUCUGACUGGAUACACCGGAAAUCUGUUCCACGACUUCACCGACGCGCUUGUCCCCCUCUUCACGACGGCAAGCGAGUUCAAUGGCGAGGUCCAGUUCCUCAUCACAGAUAUGGCAAUUUGGUGGACAAGGAAGUACCAUGUGGUGUUUAAGAAGCUAUCCAACUACCCCUUGAUUGAUUUCAACAAAGAUACUGAUGUGCAUUGUGUCAAGCAUGCCAUUGUUGGCCUUCAUGCUUACAUGGAGUUCACCAUUGACCCCUCCAAGGCUCCUCACAACUACACCAUGGUGGAUUUCAACAGAUUCAUGCGCAGGACGUAUGAGUUGCCUAGGGAGGCCGUGUCUGCGCUCGGCGAGAUCCCCAAGGCCAAGCCGAGACUGCUCAUCAUCUCAAGGCAGAGAACAAGAAUGUUCCUCAACCUCCCGGAGAUCAUCGCAAUGGCCGAGGGGCUGGGUUUCGAGGUCGUGGUCGAGGAAGCCAAUGUGAGCUCCGACCUCUCCCAGUUCUCCAAGGUGGUGAACUCUGUGGAUGUGAUGAUGGGUGUCCAUGGUGCCGGGCUCACAAACUGUGUGUUCCUGCCACACAAUGCCACCUUGAUCCAGAUCGUGCCGUGGGGUGGCAUAGAGGGCGUGUGCCGGAUCGAUUUCGGCGACCCGGCGGAGCAGAUGGGCCUGCGGUACAAACAGUACAGCAUCGCCGUGCACGAGAGCAGCCUCACCGACCAGUACCCACUGGACCAUGAGAUCUUCAAGAACCCGCUGGCUUUCCACAAGGGGUUCGAGUUCAUCAAGGAGACCUUCAUGGACAAGCAGAAUGUCAGGCUUGACUGCAACCGGUUCAGGCCUGUGCUGCUGCAGACCCUUGAUCUGCUAAACCAAUAA